AUGAGUUUAGUGGGACAGGACUUUCCACUUUAUCGUAACAAGCAGUUUGUACGAGCGUUACAAGGUCUCAACAAUACCUACAACAUAGCACAUUCUAUGCCUAAACGUUAUUCUGAUCAUAUCGAACGGAGUUUGUUUACGUAUUAAGAGGCCACUUCAAUCGUAAUACAACAAAACGGAAAGCGCCGCCACCGCACAAUAUUUCAAUCUAUAAGGGAUCCACUCAUAUUAUUGCUUUAAGAGAAUUUGACGACUUUGCCCUUCACAGCCAAAUAGCAAAAGACUUCGAUGAAUUCUUAAAGGAAACUCAAGUCCCGGGUGAAACGAUGGACGCUUCUCUACAACACCUUCCAGGAGCUCCUGGCGGAAUCAAAGGAAAACAACCAAAGUGGAUACAGUGGGCCAUGAAUUUGACAAGAACGCGCCAGGGGCGUCGUGGAAUAUGGGUGGGGAAUAUCUUUCGGAUUUCGCUAGAAGAUUUACGCUGGGCUGUGGGAGAAAACAACAAGGAGAAACGUUUUGUUCAUACAAUU